AUGGACAACCCGGACCCGAUGGACAACCAGGACAGCCCGGACCUCAAGGACCUCCCGGAGACAAUGGAGCCCCUGGCGCACCCGGACAACCUGGAGCAAAUGGAGAAAAUGGACCCGAUGGAGAAACAGGGCCAGCUGAUGACCGGUUUUCAGUUGUGA